UCCUAUUAAAAUAUAUCGUAAAUCUAUCCGAUAGAAUAUUGUGAUUUGAACAUUAUUAUGCGGAUUUAAUUAGUUAAAUCAACAUUCUUUACUGUAUCGAAAUUCUCAUAUACCAAAAUAUCCAUCUACAUGCUGUUACACUCUUCAAAAUGACUUCAUCGAGAAGAGACUUUGUUUUCAAACCUUUUAAGGUUACCGAAGUUAAGUUUCGUAGUGCAGAGUGUCCCAGACCACGAAGUGGACAUAGAAUAGCAUGUGACGAUGUAAAUAUCUACUGUUUUGGCGGUUAUAACCCUUCACUCCCUCGGACAAGUAUACAGAGACAAAAUCCGACUUGGACACCGGAGAGACCGCUUUUCAAAGAGCUCUGGAGUUAUUCGAUAGCGACUUGCAAAUGGACGGAACAUGAAGUUGUGGAGAAUAUGCCAGACGAGUUAGCAUCUAAUGCUAUGUGUAUGAAUGGCAGAUACUUAAUGAUAUUCGGAGGGACUGGUGCACCAUUUGGAAAUAAGUGUAGUAAUGAUGUGAUUGCAUGGAAGGCGAGUCCGGGCGACGCAAGGCUGCUAGUGUUGGAAGCAACAGGUUCAAAACCACCAGGACAGUAUGGGCAGGCCAUAUUAUGCUAUGACGGAUACUUCUAUACUAUUGGCGGCACCAAUGGCUUUGCUUACAAUAGUGAUAUUUACAGGUUAGAUCUCCGAACAUUGGUCUGGGAGUCAGUUUUUGUAGGCACUGGCGGUGAAGGAGAGCCUAUAGGAAGGUACAGACAUGAAGUUGCUAGAGUUGGUGACAAAUUAUACAUAAUAGGGGGAGGGACUGGCGAAUGGGCCUUUGAACUCAUGGAGAUACCAGUAUUUGACCUACAAAGUAGAACCUGGUCUAUGUUAACACCAAAAGCUGAUGAUACACAGGGAGUGGCUGUGGCUCCUUUACCACGGAAAUGCCACAGUGCGGUCCAGAUAGACACACCAACCGGUGUUCAAGUAUUUGUGGCGGGUGGAUCUGAUGGCAAUUCUGUGUUUGAAGACAUAUGGAAGCUUAAUGUGUCAGAAAUGACAUGGUACAAAAUGCAAAAGACUGUGUUACCAAACCCUCUUUAUUUUCAUUCGUCUACAGUUACUUCUCAGGGUUGCAUGUAUGUAUUUGGAGGUAUUGAGCCUAAGGAGGAUGCGGCUAGUAGGAACAAUAUUUUGUAUAAAGUUUGGCUUUGUAUACCAAAAUUGAGUGAGAUUUGUUGGGAGGCUAUUUUGCAUUUAUAUCCAACUCUAGAUUCAAUGCCUAGGGUGAGGUUACUAGACAUGGGGAUACCUAUACACCUGGUGGAUAGGUUGUGUCCAUAGUAUUUAUUUAUUUAGCAUUACAUGACAGAGCAUUUUGUUUUUGCUUGAAAGAUGAAGUUAUGUUAAUAAGGCCAUGUUUGUCACUUUUGUGAUAAAAUGUAUGAUGUUUGACAUGGAUGAUCAUACAUUAGAGGGCUUACCGGCAGUAUCAAGAUUUCUUGCUUUUUUUCACUCCAUAUGUGCAAGAGUUAUAGAGAAGUCUCCAUUUUCGUUUUUUUCGAUAUUGAUUGUAGAACCUUAAGUUUGUGAUGGUUAUGACUGUUAAAUAUAUCCACCUGGUUAUUUUAACAUUUUUAACCCAUUAUCAAAUAUCUUAUUCAAAUUAAUAGAGAAGAGAUCAGGCAGGCAAGCACGGUCGUGUGAUAAACCAUAUAACGUCAGGCCGUCCUUUUCGCACUAUUUGUAAGUGCGAUAGGGACGCACCGCACUGAUGCGAUAAAAUUGAUCCAACUAGUGUGCUAUGCCCGCUGAGAGCCUUAGGCACUGGUCCCACCGCGAGAUAGUAAGCUAUGAGCUAUCGGCUAUAAAAACGAACAAAAGAUAAGCACCCCCGUGUAAAUAAAAGAGACUUGGCGAUGUUCAUAGUUACUGCGGCGGUGAGCUAUCAAAAUCGCCGGUGUC